AUGUUAUAUGAGUAUAAUACAACAAUAAAGUUGUUUGAUUUACAAGAUUUAUGUAAUAAAGCCAUAAUAUAGUUUAUGUGUUUGAUUAACUAACUUUUAUCAAUUUAAAUUAAUUGUUUAAGAAAUUUAUUAAUUUAUAAUUAUACAAGUGUGAUGAAGUUAUACAUUCUUAUUCUCAUUGCUUGUUUGGUGAUUAGUUAAGCUUAGGAAGACAUCAAAUAAGCAGAAACUACUUAGUAGGAAUCUGAAAUUCCAAAGGAUGACAAUGCCAGCGACACUCCCACAGAAGGGAAAUUUAAAUCAAGAACCAAGGAGGAAAUCAUCAAAGAAAGAGACACUCUAUAAACCUUAUUGAAAACUCUGAAUUACUCUUGCAUUGUUUUGGCUAGAAUGUAAUUGUCAAGAUAUAAGUCGGAGUUAAUGAAAGUUAUUGAAAGUCAUCAAACCAAACAGGAAUAAAGCAUUGUAUGGAAGAAAAUAUAUACCUCAUAUGUUAAUUAAUGUCAAAAAAGCAUCACAUAUGAUGAUAGUGUCAAAAUCUUCUCCUAAAUUUAAUCCAAAGAAUUCAAAUUUGAUGAUUACAGAUUCAUUUAUGAAAACAUGACCUUAGACGAUUAUAGUAGUGAUAAAGUUGAUAUGCAUAUCACAUAAGCAGAAGAAAGAAUUUGGUCAUACAUUUAAGACUUUGAAAAGGCUAUGGAUUCCAAAGAUGAUGAAGAUGAUGAUUCACAAUUCAAAAGAAACUUUGAUUUGGAACCUAAAAUAUUUGGAUUUUCCCUUAAAUCAGUAAAAUCUUUACAAUACAUCAUGUUCGUUUUAUUUGUUUCCUUCAUUUUGUUCUUGGGUUACAUAGCAUUUAAAAAAUUACCCAAGCAAUACGAAGAUCAAAAAAAGAAAAGAAGAAACUGA